AUGCACAUUUCUUGCUUACCACCCAAAACUUUUGGGUUUAAAAGGAUACUCGACGAUAGUAAACGUCAUCAAAUAAAGCAUCGUAAUUUAUUGUUAAAGUUACACCAAAGAUCUUGUAAUAAUAAUGUAUUGGGUGAGACCGCGACUUCUCUAUCAAGGAACGCUCCUGUUAUUGUAUCAUUUGCCAACAUAUGGCGAACAGGUUCUUGUAAUUCUAAUGCCACCGAUAUCUUUUUAUAUAUGCUCGGUUAUAAACGCAGAAAAGUUUCUCAUGGAAACUUUUCUCAACGACAACCGCCACCAUAUCCUAAUACGUGUGCUGCUGCAACUUUUGAACGUAUUCUCGUAUCAUGGCAAAGAGGUAACCGAAGAAAAAAUAACUUUAAAAGAACCAGCAGAAUGUCUAAAGCUCAAUUUUUAUGGAUCGAUUUAAACUUUUAUAAAUUAUCGUUGUCACGAAGCCAGCUAAAAAGUCGUUUGACAAUUUGUAGUAGUCAUUUACUAUCAACGGAGAUUCCUCGCAUAAAUUAUAAGAAAUCUUUUUCGAUUAUGAAUUUACCGAUAUAUAAUUUGGCAUGCUAUUCCUCCAAAUCAUCAAGAAGCAGCAAGAAUAAAGGAAAGUCAUCAUCACUCGAAGAAACUCUAAAUCGUCAACUUCAAAAUAAUGACACGAAUAUUGGAGAGAUAUGGACAACUUAUAUGCAAAUUGUGACGAAUAAAAGACUUUUAAACUUGAGUCGAGAACAGAUUCACGCGUUAAUGCAUCACAUAUUAAGAAAGGAAUCUAGCAUAGAGGCCAUUCAAAAAUUAUCAACUAUGCUCGAUCACAUGAGAUUACAUGGAUACGAGAUAUUACAGGAUGAGCACACGUUUUUAAUAGAAGCAUAUGUAGGUGAUGGAAACUUGGAAGAUGCGCGUGCUCUAUUUGACCAAAUCUAUCGAAUGAAUCCAUCCUGUAAGGCGGCCAAUUCUAUGAUCGAAGCGUAUGAAAAAGAAAAUAAUCUUGAUCAAGUGGAAGACAUUCUUAAGAUGAUGAAGAAAGAAGAAAUUGUUGGGGAUUCGAUUACAAAAAAGACAUUAAUACGAAUUUUCACGAAAAAUAUGAGUAGUGGUUCCAUAUCAAAUUUUAACCAAUUAGUGAAGCGACAGCUUGUUGACGCUGAUUUAGCAAGGGAAGUGUUAAUAGGAUAUGCUAAGAAUGGGCUAUUAAAUGAAGCUCUCGAACUAUACUUUAACAUGAGAGCAUCAGAACUUCAAAUAGAACUUGAUGAUUAUUUAAUGAUUAUAAAUGGACUGAAUGAUAAAAAUCAAACAAAAGAAGCAUUGUGGAUGAUUGAUGAAUUGAUUUCUUCGAAAUUGGUUUUGAAUGAAGAAGCCUGUGAAGUUAUUUGCGAUUUGUAUUUAUCGACUUCAAAUCUGGAUAAAAAUUAUGAAUUCCUGGUUAGAAUGUUGAAGAAAGGAUAUAAGAUGGAUAUUCGAAUGUUCAAUAAAUUGAUCGAUAGAUACUCGAGCCUUGGAAAAGUAAAUUCAACGCUUUCACUGGUCACUAGAAUGAAAGAAAGUGGGAUUGAACCUGACUAUGAAACGUACACAUCAAUGCUCAGAUUGUUCACCAAUGUCAAUGAUACAGAUGCAAUGGAAAAAGUGUUUAAUCGAAUGGUCCAGGAAGGAUUUGAUCCUAAUAUUGCUGUCUAUAAUUUACUAACUACAGGAUACUCUCGAACAUACAAUGUGUCAAAAGCCUUUGAAGUAUGUCGGACAAUGCUGAAUACCGGAAUUGAACCAAAUGAAUUCACCUAUAACGGAUUAAUCUCACUUUUCGCUGAGAGAUCUGAUCCUAUUGGUGCGACUCUGUUGUUUAAUGAAAUGAAAGCAUUUGACAUUCGAUCAAAUGUAUAUACGUAUACUUCUUUGAUUAAGGCUUACGCAUGGACGAAGGAUAUCAAUGGGGCAGAGAAGAUCAUGCGAAAUAUGAGAAUUUCUGGGAUAGAACCAAAUGAAGUGACCUACAAUAUCAUCAUGAAUGCUUAUUCAAAAAACAAUGAUUUUGAUUCUGUUCGAUCGAUAUUUCAAGAAAUGCUUCGACUAAAUUUAAAACCAAAUUCUCAUACCUAUAGUUGUCUCAUGGAGGGAUUCUGUAGAGUUGGAAAUCUGAAGGCCGCCGAAUCACUGCUGGCAAAAGUGAAGGAAUCUAGCGCUAUAAAGCCAGAGGUUCAUCUUUACACCAUAUUAAUUAAUGCGUAUGCCAAACAGAAAAAUUUGACCCGAGUGUUUGAGAUUUACGAGGACAUGAUCAAGCAAAAAAUUGAGCCUACACACUUCACUUACGCUAUACUAAUCAAUGGAAAUGCACGAAUUGGUAAGAUUGAUUUUGCUCGAAAGCUUUUGUCGGAGCUUAUUGAACAGUCGAAAAAAAUUGCAAGAUUUGAGGAAAUUCAGUGGAGAGAUCGAUUACCUGCACAUGUAUUUACACCCUUAAUGGACGCUUAUGCAAAACAAGGACAAUUUGAAGAGGCUAAAGAGAUAUUUGCUGAAAUGAUUGCUCAGGGAAUACGACCUCAAGGACAUGCAUACACAAUUCUAAUGGAUGCAUGUCGUACUAUUGGAGAUUAUGAAGGUGUUUGGAAUAUAUGGCAGGCUAUGCGUAAAGAUCUGGAAUCUGAAAAACUUGCAGAAUCCUCGUCCUCAUUCUCGCCGAAUCUUAAGUCAAUAGAUUCAUCAAAUGAAAGACUUAUAAAGGGAUCAUCAAUCUUAGAGUCUAUACCGAAAUCAAAUCCUAUAACACCACCACCUCAUGCAAUAUCCAUACUCUUUGACGCGUUAAUGUCGUCAAAGAGAUACGACCUUGUUGAGAAGGAGUGGCAAAAACUCCAAUCCGAAGGCUUUCCAUUUGACUCUGACAACUUAAAUAAAUAUGUAUGUAUGUUAAUACUUUCCCGAAAAAUUAUACAAGCGUGUAAUAUAAUAAAAGAUCGAUUAAUACAAGGAUGGGACCCAAAAUUUGCAUUCUGGCGCCUGGAAUAUGAGAAGCCAUUAGAGGUACUUAGAUCUCAAAAAAAUGAAGCAUUAGCACGAAAAAAAGCCAAACCAUUCUACCCGCAGAAAAAAACAUUACUUUUGUUAUGGCGAGUGCUCGAAGAUAUGAGAUCCGGAAAAUCGAUAAUAAUUAAUGAUAUGCUUGAAGAAACUACUUCUAGUAAUAAUACUGAUAAAUCUAUCGUGAAAAUUCAAACAUUAGAUGAUAUUUUACGGACUUAUCCAGAGUUGGUAUUUGCUGCACAAAGAAUUGCUAAAGUAGAAGAAAUACAAUUACGGAGUCACCAGUACAGAAAUCUAAUAUAUAAUUAA